CCUCCUCCUCAGGUGAGGCUGCUGGCUCUGCAGGCCCCACGCUGCUGGCCGCCGCUGCCACCUCUGUCUCCCGCGCUGCCCGCGGCUGUGGGGACGCCAUGCCCCUACCCAGGCCCGGAGACUAACCCCAAACCCGCACCAUCUCCGGCGGACCCCAGGGUUCCGCCCCAGCCCAACAGGUCAACCUGGGAAUCAUUAACAAGAGUCUCUGACAUGGCGAAGAAGGAGGAUGGGGAACCUGGGACUCACAGAGGCAGCUUCACGUGUCCAAGACCCCAGCCAGGAAAGGGUGUCCGGACCGCAUCAUGUUGCUCCAGACCCAAAGUGGCGGCUCUCACUGUGGGGACUCUGCUGCUCCUGAUAGGCAUUGGGGCCGCAUCCUGGGCCAUUGUGACCAUCCUACUUCGGGGUGACCAGGAGCCACUGUACCCGGUGCAGGUCAGCCCCGGGGACUCACGGCUUGCGGUCUUCGACAAGACGGAGGGGACCUGGAGGCUGCUGUGUUCCUCACGCUCCAACGCCAGGGUGGCGGGGCUCAGCUGUGAGGAGAUGGGCUUCCUCAGGGCCCUGGCGCACUCGGAGCUGGAUGUGCGAACGGCGGGCGCCAACGGCAUGUCGGGCUUCUUCUGCGUGGACGAGGGCCGCCUACCGACGGCUCAGAGGUUGUUGGAUGUCAUCUCUGUGUGCGACUGCCCUAGAGGCCGAUUCCUGACUGCCAUCUGCCAAGACUGUGGCCGCAGAAAACUGCCCGUGGAUCGCAUCGUGGGUGGCCAGGACAGCAGCCUGGGAAGGUGGCCAUGGCAGGUCAGCCUGCGCUAUGAUGGGACCCACCUCUGUGGGGGCUCCCUGUUGUCCGGGGACUGGGUGCUGACGGCUGCACAUUGCUUUCCAGAGCGUAACCGGGUCCUGUCUAGAUGGCGAGUGUUUGCUGGUGCUGUGGCCCGGACCUCACCCCAUGGCAUGCAACUGGGGGUUAAGGCUGUGAUCUAUCAUGGGGGCUACCUUCCCUUUCGAGACCCUACUAUUGAGGAGAACAGCAAUGACAUCGCCCUGGUCCACCUCUCCAGCCCCCUGCCUCUCACAGAAUACAUCCAGCCGGUGUGUCUCCCUGCUGCGGGACAGGCCCUGGUGGAUGGCAAGGUCUGUACUGUGACUGGCUGGGGCAACACACAGUUCUAUGGCCAGCAGGCUGUGGUGCUCCAAGAGGCCCGGGUCCCCAUCAUAAGCAACGAGGUCUGCAACAGCCCUGACUUCUAUGGGAAUCAGAUCAAGCCCAAGAUGUUCUGUGCUGGCUAUCCUGAGGGUGGCAUUGAUGCUUGCCAGGGUGACAGUGGCGGCCCCUUUGUGUGUGAGGACAGCAUCUCUGGGACGUCAAGAUGGCGGCUAUGUGGCAUCGUCAGCUGGGGUACGGGCUGUGCUUUGGCCCAGAAGCCAGGAGUGUACACCAAAGUCAUUGACUUCCGGGAGUGGAUCUUCCAGGCCAUAAACACUCACUCCGAAGCCAGUGGCAUGGUGACUCAGCCCUGACCCAGCCUCGCCUCGCUGCUCUGCGCUGCUGCACUUGCCUCCAGAGCCGGAGUCGGCUGACGCCUCCAGCCCCGCGUGGUGGGCUCCACACGGGGCCUCACACAGAGCAGUUUUCUUCACAGACCCAGUCCACAGGUCCGAGGACUUUCUUCCACAGUGGCCGGCCCACUCAGUCUUGGGGCCGCUCAGCCUCAACCUCCCACCCCAUGUAUAUAUAUGACUCUCUUCUCUGCGGGUUGCUUUCCGGGCACCCCGUGGGAAUACUCUUUAAAUAAUAAAGGUGGUUUUGAUUAA